AAAAACCCUAGCUGAGCUCUUCUUCUUCCUAACCUAACAAUCUCUCCUCAACUCAAUUUCUCGCGCCGAUUGCGAGAGAUUACAAUGCAUGUCCACGAAGAACACGAUGUUCACUUCUCUUCAUCUUCCAUCAGAAUCAACCCCUCUCCUCACGACCAUUCUCUCCUCUCCAAUCUCCAAUCCUGCUCCAAAACCUUAUCCUCUCACCUCUCCAACACUCGUCUCUCACUCACCCGAAUCCUCCACUCCUUCAAAACUCGCCACACCUCAACCCAAACUCGUCGCCGCAAUUCACCCACUCAGAUUCUCAAUUCAAUCACACAGCUCAUGAUCGGCAACAACAACAGCAAGUCUCCUCUACUCUCACUCUCCCUUAUCCACUCCACAAAUUCAAUUAGGUCUGAGAAUAACGAGCCAGCCACGGGACUAAGCUCGCCGCUGCUCUGCUGCGCUUCUCUGUCGCUAACUCAGGAUGUGAUACAACAGCAGCAGCAGCAGGUGGUUCAGAAAGGUCACUCAUCGCGUUCCGCGGAGGAGGAGAGGGUUUUGAUUAGUGAGGUGUUGGUGAGGACGAAGGAUGGGGAGGAGCUUGAGAGGAAGGAUUUGGAAGUGGAGGCGUUGGCGGCGUUGAAGGCGUGUAGAGCUAAUUCGGCGUUGACGGUUAGAGAGGUGCAGGAGGAUGUGCAUAGGAUUAUAGAGAGUGGGUAUUUUUGUUCUUGUACUCCUGUUGCUGUUGAUACACGUGAUGGGAUACGGUUGAUGUUUCAGGUAGAACCAAACCAAGAGUUUCGUGGGUUGGUAUGUGAAAACGCGAAUGUUCUUCCUUCAAAGUUCAUACAGGAAGCUUUUCAAGAUGGAUUUGGGAAAGUGAUUAAUAUCAAGAGACUGGAGGAAGCUAUCACAUCCAUCAAUGGCUGGUACAUGGAGCGUGGUCUUUUCGGAAUUGUUUCUGAUGUUGAUACGCUUUCCGGAGGUAUAGUAAGGCUUCAAGUUGCUGAAGCAGAGGUUAAUAACAUAUCUAUCCGAUUCCUUGAUCGUAAGACUGGCGAACCAACUAAAGGGAAGACAAGGGUUGAGACAAUACUACGGCAGCUUACAACAAAGAAGGGACAGGUCUACAGCAUGCUUCAAGGGAAGAGGGAUGAAGACACUGUGCUAGCCAUGGGAAUCAUGGAAGAUGUUAGUAUUAUUCCUCAACCUGCAGGUGAUAGUGGAAAGGUUGAUUUGAUCAUGAACUGUGUCGAGCGUCCCAGUGGAGGCUUCUCUGCUGGUGGUGGGAUAUCUAGUGGAAUCACGAGUGGCCCCCUAUCAGGACUAAUUGGAAGCUUCGCUUACUCCCACCGCAAUAUAUUUGGAAGAAAUCAGAAGUUUAACGUUUCCUUAGAGAGGGGUCAAAUUGACUCUAUCUUUCGUAUAAACUACACUGAUCCAUGGAUUGAAGGAGAUGACAAGAGGACAUCCAGAUCUAUUAUGGUUCAGAAUUCAAGAACACCAGGGAAUCUUGUUCACGGCAAUCAACCAGACAAUGGUAGUCUGACAAUUGGUCGGGUUACAGCAGGUAUUGAGUACAGUCGGCCAUUCAGGCCAAAGUGGAAUGGUACUGCUGGUCUUAUAUUUCAGCAUGCUGGUGCUCGUGAUGAGCAAGGGAACCCUAUCAUUAAGGACUUCUACAGUAGCCCUCUAACCGCAAGCGGUAAGACCCAUGACGAAACCUUGCUCGCUAAAUUCGAAAGCAUUUAUACUGGCUCAGGUGAACAUGGAUCAACAAUGUUUGCGUUUAACAUGGAACAAGGGCUUCCUGUUUUGCCCGAAUGGUUAUUUUUCAAUCGAGUGAAUGCUCGUACCAGGAAAGGCAUAAACAUUGGACCAGCUAGUUUUCUAUUUAGUUUGUCAGGCGGACAUGUGGUGGGAAACUUCUCACCUCAUGAAGCAUUCGCCAUCGGUGGAACAAACAGUGUAAGAGGUUACGAAGAAGGCGCUGUAGGAUCUGGUCGAUCAUAUGUAGUUGGUUCAGGGGAAGUCUCUUUCCCAAUGAGAGGACCUGUAGAGGGCGUCCUUUUUACGGAUUAUGGUACUGAUCUGGCAUCAGGACAAAAGGUCCCAGGUGAUCCUGCGGGGGCUAGGCUGAAGCCUGGAAGUGGUUACGGGUAUGGUUUUGGGGUGCGUGUUGAUUCUCCAUUGGGGCCUCUACGUCUUGAAUAUGCCUUCAACGAUAAGCACACCGGAAGGUUUCACUUUGGUGUUGGCCAACGGACCUAAACUUAUUACCAGUCUCAUUUGCUUUUAUCUUUUGUUUCUAAUUAUGUUUUUUUUUUGCUCUUUGUCGUACAUUCAUCUGUAUGAAUUUUGUUCAUUUAUCUUAUCUCAUGAGUUAACUCACUUGUCUUAUGUAGAUGUUACUCAUUUUAGAAAACUCCGUG